AGCUAUUUGCCAGCCAGCCUCGACGACAGACAGCCAGCCGCUCACCGUCCUGCUGCCGCUGCGGAGUCCUCGUCUUCUCCCCUCCGAGCCCCCGGCGUUGUUGGUUAUUCUCCCCCGCCUGCGAGGUUCCUCUCACGGGGCCAAGCCAAGCCAGGAGUUCGGUGUCUUUUCUUGGGGGGGUUUUGUUUUUGGAAAAAAAAAAAUAAAGUAUUUUUUGCAAGCUUUAUUCUUUUAGUUGCCCUUCAAAGACAUAUGGAGAAAAUGGCCAGACCUCUUCCUAUAAACCCAACUUUCCUGCCGCCGACUCACGGCGUCCUGAAGUCGCUGCUGGAAAACCCGCUGAAGCUGCCUUUCCAUCACGAUGAAGGAUUCGGGAAAGACAAGGAGAAAGCGAAGAAGCUGGACGAUGAGAGCAGCGCGGCCAACCACCCACAGUCGGCCUUCCUGGGCCCGACCCUCUGGGACAAGACCCUGCCCUACGAUGCGGACAACUUUCAGCUGGAGUACAUGGACCUGGAGGAGUUCCUGUCGGAGAACGGCAUCCCCGCCAACACAGCCCAGAGCAACCAGGCCCCGCAGGCGACGCAGCCGGCACAGCAGGCCCCGCCACCCACCCCGCCUACCCCGACCACGCCCUCAGUGGUGGACCUCAGCAGCCGCGCCACCACCUCGGUUCACACGGCCAUGGCGCCUCAGAACUGCCUCUGCAGCCCCAGCACAGCAGCACUGCCCUCACCCCGGGACACACCCAGCCCCAUCGACCCAGAGUCCAUCCAGGUGCCCCUGGCCUACGAGCCCGACCCGGCAGACCUGGCUCUGUCCAGCGUGCCCGGCCAGGAAAUGUUCGACCCCAGGAAACGCAAAUUCUCCGCAGAGGAGCUGAAGCCGCAGCCCAUGAUCAAGAAAGCCCGCAAGGUCUUCAUCCCCGAGGACCUGAAGGACGACCGGUACUGGGCCCGGCGCAGAAAGAACAACGUGGCAGCCAAGAGGUCACGGGACGCCCGGCGGCUGAAGGAGAACCAGAUCGCCAUCCGGGCCAGCUUCCUGGAGAAGGAGAACGCCGCUCUCCGCAUGGAGGUAGCGGACAUGAGGAAGGAGCUGGGCCGCUGCAAGAACAUUCUGGCUAAAUACGAGGCCCGACACGGGCCCCUGUGAGCCCCCCACCCCCCAACUCCAAACCUCCUCGCCAGCCCGACCACCAACCCAACAUCCACUUAACCGCCCCGACCCAGGAUCCCUCGGU